GCGCUGCUAACCGAUUCACGUUCACGCGUUAUGAAAUUAGUAAAGAAUCGAGUUCUACUGGACAGUUCAUGCACAUUGCACAGGUGUAAUCGGUUUUUGUUCCCCAUCAUCCGUCGCCCACCGCCCCCAUCUGACUGACAGAAAGCGUUCAACGUGAGUUGGAUACCUCGAAUAAACUGAAAGGCGUGUUUUUAUUCUUCUAUGUGUAGUUUUCCGAAAUUGACUAUUAUCAUACCAUCAUAUUAAGAAAUGGGAGUAAUUCUCGAUGUAGUUGACGGCACCUUCAUUACAAACGGAUUAAGAAGAUUAGUUAGAAACCGUAACUCCCUGACGCACACCCCCACACAUAAAGCGCGCACACGCUGGAACUCUCUCUUGCGCUCGCUAACAGGUGUUUGACUUACAUGGCUCUGUCCUGUGUGCUGUGACCGGCUGCUUCGUGGGAUGAUGAAAAACGCUUGUUCGCUGUACGGAGGAGCAUUUUCUACGUUAUUCGUCGAAAUGGGCAGAUAGUGACAUUAUCGAGGGAUAGGCGCGUUUAAUCUGAACGUAGACCCCUUUAAGGACUUUCUUUUCCGAAGAAGAACCGCAACGUUCAAGAGAUGCGCGAACUAUUACCUACCUAAUUGUGCUUGGACUCUUCAAACUAUAUUGCUUUACUACUCUGUGUGGGUAUCUAUCAUUCUAACUGAUGAACAAUGGUAGUGAAUUGUGUAUGAGGACUCGGAUGUGAGCUUAAGUCAAAGAUUUCCAUAAAGAAAUCUGUUGUGGAGGAGGUGAGCAAACGAAUUGUGUCCGUUGAAAGUUUUCUGUGUCGCACCGUCAAACUGGCAAUGGCUGCGGCGAUCGCCAGCUCCCUUAUUCGGCAGAAGAGACAGGCGAGGGAGCGUGAGAAAUCCAACGUCUGCCGCUGCGUGAGCAGUCCAAAUAAAACCAAAGGACCAUGCGAGAAACCCAGUCGUCUCAGUGUUUUCUCCAGAGUCAAGCUUUUCGGCUCCAAGAAACGAAGGAGAAGACGUCCAGAGCCACAGCUGAAGGGGAUUGUGACGAAGCUGUACAGUCGACAGGGCUUUCAUUUGCAGCUCCAAGCAGAUGGUACCAUUGAUGGCACCAAAGAGGAGGACAGUGGUUUCGCCAUGUUCAACCUCAUCCCAGUGGGUCUGCGGGUGGUGGCCAUCCAGGGGGUUCAGACCAAACUUUAUCUGGCCAUGAACAGCGAGGGCUACCUUUAUACAUCAGAACACUUCACGCCGGAGUGCAAGUUUAAAGAGUCGGUGUUUGAGAACUACUAUGUGACGUACUCCUCCAUGAUCUACAGACAGCAGCAGUCAGGCAGGGGCUGGUACCUGGGCCUGAAUAAGGAAGGAGAGAUCAUGAAGGGCAAUCACGUAAAAAAGAACAAGCCCGCUGCACACUUCCUUCCUAAGCCUUUGAAAGUGGCCAUGUACAGGGAGCCCUCUCUGCACGACUUGACUGAGUUCUCGCGCUCUGGCAGCGGGACACCCACUAAAAGCCGGAGUGCCUCGGCUAUGCUGAACGGAGGCAAAGCUGUGAGUCAGAACGAGUCGACGUAGCGCGGCUGUCCCGGCCCAACCUUACGCCUUCACCAAAACCUCGGAAUGCUUGUGACUUCACACAGACUUCUCUCCAAAAGCUAUCAGCGGUUCAGGACGACAUAACAUGAAACAUUACAUAACCACGUAACACUUUCCAAACUAGAGUGACAUUCGAUUGAUCUUUACAGUCAGCUAAUUUUGUUUUUUAGCUUUUUGUUCGUUUUUUUCAUAGAUCACCACCUAUAUUAGCCUUUUGCAUACGAAACUCAAAAAUUGUAGCCUUUAAUACAAUGGGACGGUUGGUUUUGGUUCCUCUCAGCUGUUGGGUUUAACUUCAGUCAUCGAGAUUCAUUGACUAGGGUCCUGAUCAACAAAUGCGCUUGUUAAGAGUUCAGGGCAGUGAGUGAGGGUUUAGCUGCUUGGGUGCGGUGAAAAUGAAGCACCCCUGUCCUCCAUGCUUCCUGGGUGUGAAGUGAUAGAGAAGCCCCCCAUCCCUGGUGUGCGUGUGGGGGGGGGGGGGGGCUGGCGCUAACUCUCCUGCGUUCUAGUGCACUGGCUAAGAGGGCGUGCUCUCUAGCAUGGGAAUACAAAGCCUGCGUUCUGCUCACACGUAAAGAGACGUUGAACCUCUCGGAACAGAGAGGCCGUGGAUCCGUCUUGCUUGCUAAUUGUUUCAAUUAGCCGUUGAGCUUUUCUUAAUUCUUCCUCUUGUUCUUCCCUCAUAUCAGUGUUUUAUAAAGUUCAAAGAGUGACUGGAGAUCCAGCACACCAAAGACUGAACUGCGAGAGUUCCCUCGAGAUGUCAAACCACACCAGUAUGUAAACACGCAUGACGGGAGGUGAUCAACUGGUUUUUGUGUACAUUUUGGAUGGGCGAGGUUAAGGGUGGGUUAAAGGGGAUGGGGGUGUCGUUAUUUGAGGUAAUGCAUUAGCUGGUGUGAUUUUGGAUGUGAGAGGGCUGUUUAAAAUCUUCCCUUCUGUAUCUUUCGUGUCCUGUUGACUCGUAGUUCCUCUAGUCUGUGAGCGUGUUUUUUUGCCUUUCCCACCCAUGUCCGCUCUCCUCUGGUCAAAGCUGGUCACUGUUAAUGGAGAUUUUUGAGACAUGAUGGUGAAGUCCCACCUGGACUCUUGUUUUUGUGUAUCUAUCCAAGUAACUUAUGGUGGUGACGAUUUUCUAUUUAAACAAGCAAACAUAAAAGAUACUGUGGAAUUUUAAGUUGAUUGAAAUUUGUUAAGCUAUAUGUCUAAUUUGUAAAAGUGAAAAAGAUCAAAUACACACAUAAAAAAACUCUUGUACAGGGCAUGUACAAAUCAGGUUGUGUACAUUAAGGACUUUUUGUGGGCUGCAGUAUAUAUUCUUUUCCUUUGGCAACAUAACUUCAUAUGCUACGGGGGUCCUUCUCACUUCUUUUCCUUCUGGGUUAUUUUCAUGUUUUAGAUGAACAUACAGUAUCUGUUGCAUGGGAGACUGCAGGCAGGUGCGGAAUAGAGCUGCAUGAUGUAGGUUAUAUGUAUUAUCUCCUCGUUGGAUCAUGUGUUCCAAACUACCAGGAUUAAACUGUAAAACAUAUACUGUAUGUACUGACAGUUGUUUCUUAUUUGUUGUGUACUGUACAUACAAUGCACUGAAUAAAAUGUUUAUAUUAAGAUCUAC